AUGUUCAUUCUUAAUUGGUUCUAUGAUGCUCUAGCUGCUCUUGGUCUUGUAAAUAAGCAUGCCAAGAUGCUGUUCUUGGGUUUGGAUAAUGCUGGUAAAACUACAUUGCUUCACAUGCUAAAGAAUGAUCGUUUGGCUGUUAUGCAACCAACAUUGCAUCCUACAUCCGAGGAGUUAGCUAUUGGAAAGGUUCGCUUCACAACCUUUGACUUGGGCGGUCAUCAACAAGCUCGCCGUCUUUGGAGAGACUACUUUCCCGAGGUAAAUGGCAUUGUGUAUCUCGUAGAUUGCUGCGAUUUUGAGCGACUUUCCGAAUCUAAAGCAGAGUUGGACGCUUUGUUGGCUAUGGAGGAGCUUGCCAAGGUUCCUUUCUUAAUUCUCGGUAACAAAAUUGAUGCUCCUGGUGCUAUUUCAGAGGAUGAAUUGAAGGCUGCUCUUGGCUUGUACCAGACUACUGGUAAGGGAGUUUCCAAGCCCAUUCCCGGCAUUCGUCCCAUCGAAGUUUUUAUGUGCUCAGUUGUCCUUCGUCAAGGAUAUGGAGAAGGUUUCAAGUGGUUGGCUCAAUAUGUUUAA